AUGAACGAGUCUCGCUUCAUUCCAAACACCUUCUCCCAACCCCUAACACUCCCACGAAGCCCCCCCUCCCUCCUCAAAGAGGCCCUCGAAGAAAUCCUCCUCCAUACUCCGCCCCAGGAAUCCUACGUCUCAAGAAGCAGCGGCCCUCUCCACCUCGGCGGCCUACUUUCCGGCCCCACUGCCCUCGCGUAUCUCUUCUUCCGGGCCUCCGAGGCUCAGCCAGACCUCCGGGUAGCAGAUCACUCGGUCUCUCGUUGGGCGAAGAGAUACCUCCGUGGAGACAGGGGUAGUCUCAAGGUUCGAACGGGAGCGUGUGGGCUCAAGAGCGAGAGGCUUGCGUACGACGCCGUGAAGGCUUGUAUCUCCAGGGAUCCAGACGACGUCAAGACAUUCCUCGCGAGCUUGGCACCCGUUCUCCACUCGUUGGGUAGAGCGGAUGUGUUUCCUUCGGAGCUUUUCUGUGGGAGGGCUGGUACGCUAUACUUCCUGCGACUGGUGAGGCACUUCGUCCCGGAUAGUGCUCCCUUACUCGAGGAUGCCAUCAGAGCAAUAUCGAUAUCCAUCAUCGAAGUCGGUGACGAUGGGAGAGGCAACUGGUUGUUCCAUGACAAGCACUACAUCGGCGCCGCGCACGGAGACGUCGGUAUUAUUACCCAACUCGUCCUCACAACUCCAUCGUUGGCACCGAAACUGGAAACGCGAUUGGACAAAUUCCUUGACACUCAAUUCGACGACGGGAAUUGGCCCUCGUCGGCCGGGAAGACCUCGAGUCCCUAUGUACAAUGGUGCCAUGGAGCCCCGGGCUGCGUGAUAUCGCUAGUGGCGCUACGAGAGCACUUCCCGAAUCUCCAGACCAAGAUCGAUGCGGCGAUCCACAAGGGAAGGUCCUGCAUCUGGCGCGCGGGCCUACUGAAGAAAGAGCCGUCUCUGUGCCACGGUAUCUUUGGGAAUGCAAUAGCACUUGACAGAACCCGUCGACACCACUUUCUUGCUCUAGCGACGCCCGAAAAGGUGCAAGAUAUGAGAUCUCGUGACUCCUCGCUCUUCAAGACUGCAGCUUAUGAGAGCGAGGACUCUCUCCUUAUGAAUUACUGGCCUAGUGCUGCGUGGACAUGGGUGGUGUGCGAGGAUGAAGAGCCUGGGAUGAUAGUCUACACUGAUGUCUAA